AUGGUUACAUUGGGACGUCCAUUACAUUUGGGUACGCUCUAUAAUAUGCGUAGUGAUAAAAUAAUCACUGCCGUUACUCUAUGGGAUCCAGAAAUCUUGGCUAACAAUACAAUCUUACGUAAACAACCGUUUACUGGCUUUGAAAUAAUCGCUGAAGAUUCAUUACAGAAUAAGGCACACGCUUUAGGAAUCGACGCUAGUUUAAAAUUAAGUCUACUUGGUGGUCUAAUCCGUGUUUCAGGUUCUGCAAAAUAUGCUGAAGAUUAUCAAAGGACAAACCAUGAAACCCGUCUGACACUAAAAUAUUCAACUACAACACAUAUGGAAACCUUAUCAAUGAAACAUCUUGGUAAAGGUAAUCUGAAUCAUCCAGAUUUACAUGACAUAGAUCUCGCAACACAUGUCGUUACUGGUGUCCUUUAUGGUGCCGAAGCAUUUUUUAUAUUUGAUCGUACAGUAUCGAAUGGUGAAUCUAAAAAAGAAAUUAGCGGUUCAUUAAGAGCGGUAUUUGACAAUCCAAUAUUUAAAAUCGACGGGGAAGCUAAAUUUGAUUUAACCGAACAAGAAAAGAAAUUCGUUGAUAAGUUGCGUUGUAAAUUUUAUGGUGAUUUUCGUUUGAAUGCAAAUCCAAAUACCUUUGCUGAAGCUGUUAAAAUUUAUCGUCAAUUGCCUUCACUAUUAGGUGAAAACAAUGAAAACGCCGUACCAAAAAAGGUAUGGCUCUAUCCAUUACAUUUACUGGAUAAUAAAGCGAUGCGAAUCGUUCGAGAUAUAUCAUCGAAUCUGAUUGAUUACUCAAUGUCGGUAAUUGAAAAACUGCGUUCUUUGGAAGUAAGAGCAUCAGAUUUAUCACAGAGUGCGAUAUUUACACAUUUUGAUUAUAUGAAAAAUCAUUUAUUGGAUUUUGUCGAGCGAUUGAAGGAAAUCCAAGAGGAUUUGAAAAAAGAGAUCGCAUUGAAUCUACCAAAACUACGAGGAAACACUGGUAUUGAAGAAUCUGUUUUAUUUAAUUUGUUUAAACAAGUUGAUUCAUCGCCAUUUAAUCAGCGAAAACUAGAAUCAUGGCUCGAGGAAAAGCGAAAAGAAAUCGCGUUAAUCACGUCAUGGGCUAGAAAUCUCGCCACAGAUAAGAGCUUAAAUAUUAUGAAUGAAUCAUUGUCACUAAAUGAAGUCAUUGGUGACACUAGAUAUGAUUAUAUUGUGUGUCUUUCAUUUCGUUUCGUUGAAGAAAAUGAUCCGCAACUUAGUGAUAUGUACAAUUAUCGAUAUGAUAAGCCCAAUUUGAACUCGUCGAACAGUCGUCGAAAAAGCACAAAAUGGUUUGAAGACCGUCGUAUUAUAGCAAAAAUUCGAAAAAAUGUACAACAAUUUAUAGAGUUUGCAAAAGCGAACAAUGUUGACAAUGAAAAACUAAAAUUUAUUGUUGAUGAAGAAUAUUUAGUUGAUCAUAUUGAAAAUGCUGAACUUAUUCUCUACGAUGCUGGAUCAGAAGAAAAAGGCUUUAUCAUACCAAGUAAACCAGAUGCACCAUAUGCGAAAAAUGUUACAGACAAUAAUGUGACAUUAAGAUGGACAGAUGUAGCAAAGGGAACUAAACAAGUAAACAAAUACAAAGUUAUGUAUCGAAAAUACAGUAGUGAAAUAUUAGUUGACAAAAAUGACAGCAUGGAAGAAAGCAAGUGGACUGAAAUCAAUACAACAGCUAAUGAUACGGAGAUAGUUAUUUCAGGUCUGCCAUCAAAGACCACAUUUGUAUUCAAAGUGCAAGCUAUCACAGCAAUUGGACUUAGUACAGUUAGUGAACUUAGUGAACCUAUUAGUACACAGGAGAAGGAAAAGAAAGAUCGUAAGUUUGCACUUUUUGCUUGUCUAUUGUAG